AUGGACUCUCAGACAUGCGCUCAAGUGAAACUGCCUGAUGGCACUACUUACGAGCAACCAACAGGUAUAUUCAUCGGCAAUGAAUUCAGACAAUCUCACGACAAGACAGUGAUUGAGUCUAUUAAUCCGUAUACUCAGUUACCCAUUGCAUCGAUUGCUCGGGGAAAGCUUGCGGAUGUCAAUGCUGCUGUUGCCGCCGCAAAGGCAGCCUUUGGUGGUUGGCGUGACACAUCACCUCAGGAUAGAGCAAAACUUCUUAGCAAACUAGCAGAUUUAAUAGAACGAGAUGUUGAAGCUUUGGCGAAGAUCGAGUCGAUCGACGGUGGCAAGCCCGUCCACAUUGCCAAGGGAGCCGACGUUCUCGCUUCAGCUGCUUGCAUUAGAUACUACUCUGGGUGGGCAGACAAGAUCAAGGGAGACACAAUCGAGACCGAUCCGGACACCUUGAACAUAACUAUAAGAGAGCCCUUGGGUGUCUGUGGAUUAAUUAUUCCGUGGAAUUUUCCGCUUCUCAUAACAUGCUGGAAGCUUGGGCCUGCCCUGGCUGCAGGCAACACCGUGGUUAUUAAACCGGCAGAGCUCACCUCACUUUCUGCACUGUACUUGGCAAAGCUUGUGGUCGAAGCUGGCUUCCCUCCGGGCGUUGUUAACUUGGUCACGGGCCUUGGCAAUGAAGCUGGGCAAGCAUUGACGGAGCAUCCUGACGUCAAGAAGAUUUCCUUUACUGGUAGCACGCCCGUUGGUAAGGCGAUACUGAAAACAUCUGCCGACACCAAUCUAAAAAAGGUUACUUUGGAGUUGGGAGGAAAGUCACCCAGCAUCGUUUUCGAUGACGCCGAUCUGGACCAAGUCAUCGAGGCAGUUAAUGGCGGCAUCUUUUACAAUAUGGGGCAAAAUUGUUGCGCCAGCAGCCGUGUCUACGUCCAGGAGUCUAUAUACGAAGACUUUCUGAAGCGAUUUGCCUCCCGGGCUCGACAGAAUAAAUCAGGUGACCCAUUUGACAACAAUACUUUCCUCGGUCCGCAGAUUGAUGGCAAGCAACACUCCAAGAUCAUGGGAAUGAUUCAAAGAGCGAAGGCAGAUGGCGUGGGAGUUGUCACUGGCGGCACCAGCCCCGAUGGCUGGUUUAUUGAACCCACAAUCUUCCGCGACGUCAAAUCAUCGGCCGAAAUCAUGCAACAGGAGGUUUUUGGCCCUGUCGUUGCUGUGGCUUCCUUCAAGGAUAUAGAGGAAGUCUUGGAAAAGGCGCAUGACACAAUUUAUGGCCUGGCUGCUGCGGUAUUCACUUCGGAUAUAAAACGAGGAAUCCGCUUAUCGAAGAUGUUACAAGCUGGUUCAGUCUGGGUAAACAACUACAACAUGAUCUCACAUGCUCUUCCAUUCGGAGGAUACGGGCAGAGUGGAAAUGGCAAGGACUUGGGGUUUGAGGGCAUUGAAGGAUACACACAACUCAAGACUGUCAGGUUUAUGUACGAGAACCGAGCUAAGACCACUCAGACCCAAGAGGAAAUCAUGUCGCAUCCCCGCCAGGAGACAACUGAUCCUUUGGGUAAGAUACAAAAUCUGAGCCCGAUCGAGUGCGGAGAAGAUGCGGCAAAGCACUUUCUGCACGACGCAGACUAUAUCAACUUAAAUCACGGAUCUUACGGCACAUAUCCGAGGGAGGUUCGCGACGUUCUUCGUUACUACCAAGAUCGAGCCGAAGCUAGGCCUGAUGACUUUGUUCGCUAUCAGUAUCGUGUUCAUCUACUUAGAGAGUCUCGAGAGGUACUUGCAGAGUACUUGGAUGUCCCAGCUGAAUGCUGCGUCUACGUCCCGAAUGCAUCCACAGGCAUCGACACGGUUCUGCAUAAUUUCAACUACAAGCCCGGAGAUGUGAUUAUCGGGUUUCCCACAAUCUAUGAUUCUUACGAGUCUACUGCCAAGUACCUCAGCGAGGUUACACCCGCGGAGUUCAAAAAGAUUGAGUACACUUAUCCGGUCUCCGAUGAUUUUAUCUGCCAGACUUUCGAGGAUACCGUAAAGGAGCUCCUACAAGCGGGAAAGAAGCCUAAAAUUGCAUUGUUUGACACUAUAUCCUCUCUUCCCGGGCUUCGAAUACCUUUUGAGCGCUUAACGAAGCUUUGCCGCUCCUAUAACGUUCUGUCGCUCAUCGAUGGAGCCCAUGGAGUUGGUAUGAUACCGCUGCAUCUCCUGCAGUUGGAUCCUGAUUUCCUCGUCAGCAAUUGCCACAAGUGGCUGUACACUCCAAGGAGCUGCGCGUUUCUAUACGUGCCAGUCCGCAACCAGCAUCUCCUCAAGAUAACAUUUCCGACCGGUUUUGGUUUCCUCAAGUUUCCCAAGGACGAGGACGCCCGGAAGUUGGUGCCGAAUAAUUUCAUCGAAAACUUUGCCGAUCUCAAUACGAGGGACGACACUACUUAUCUCUGCGUCAAGGCUGCGCUGGAGUGGAGGAAGAAGUUGGUAUGGAAAGAUAAAAAAGGAGAGGAGGCUAUUAUGAACUACCUGUACUACCUCGCGGAGCAGGCUGAAUCCAUCUUCGCUACGGCGCUCGGGACAGAAGUGUUAAGUCAGGGAAUCACCAGUAUGACCAACGUGCGCCUGCCCUUGGCUAUGGACCAAAUUACAGGAGGAGUAUCCUCAAAUGUAGGCGAGGUGUCGACAUGGGUCAUGAAGGAGAUGAUGGACCAGCAUGGCACCGCUAUCAACCUUACAUUCUAUAACGGUGCUCUCUGGAUCAGGCUGAGCGCUCAGGUAUACCUCACCGUGCAGGAUCUUGAGGUUGCUGCUGGGCGUCUCAAGAUCAUCUGCGAUACGGCAUCAAAGCGCACGUGGAACUUCAGGUCUUCAUAG